AUGAUGCAUUCUACCCAAAAUUCUGGCUGGCAGGUCCUGGUGGCCAACAGGAAGGCUUUGGUCUCCUGUCUUCUGGGCCUCUUCUUUAUUGCCCUGGUGGCUGAUCUCCGUGCUGACGGAGUCGGUCACGGCCAGACCCUUUUCAAGCGCGACACCACCACUGCCGACACGGCUAUCUGGCAGCCCGCUUCCGGUGUCAAGUGGCAGAUCCAGCUGAUCGAUGCCGUCGAAGACACCACCGUGGACGCCGACAUUUGGGACAUCGACCUCUUCGACAACACCGCCGAGACCAUCACCACCUUGAAGAACAAGGGCCACAAGGUUAUUUGCUACUUCUCCGCCGGCACGUACGAAGACUGGCGGUCGGACGUCAGCAAGUUCGACACUGCGGACUUCGGCAGCAACCUCGACGAAUGGCCCGGUGAGCGCUGGCUCAACAUCAAGUCGACCAGCGUGCGGUCGAUCAUGAGCGCUCGCUUGGAUCUGGCAAAGGAGAAGGGCUGUGACGGCGUUGAUCCGGAUAAUAUCGAUGCGUACGGCAAUGAGAACGGUCUCGGUCUGACCGAGGCUGACUCGAUUGACUUCCUUACCUUUUUGGCUUCCGAGUCUCACUCGAGGGGUAUGUCUAUUGGACUCAAGAACGGUGGUGACAUUAUUGGCUCGGUCAUUGAUAAGAUGCAAUGGUCUGUCAAUGAGCAGUGUGCCGAGUACAAUGAGUGUGAUGUCUAUGCUGCUUUCACCGAGGUCAACAAGCCUGUGUUCCACAUUGAAUACUCUGAUGAGACUAUUGAGUCUAGUAGCUCGGACUCGGCCUCGGCGUCUUCUACUACCGAUGAAGACAGCGAUGCUAGCACCACCACCAGUGCUGCCUCGGCCACUGCCACUUCCGAGACUGAAACUGAAGAUGAGGAUGAUGCCACUGACGGCGCCGUCAAGGCCAUUGAUUCUACCACGACAACGGCUUCUUCUUCUGCUCAGGUCUCUGCUACAGCUUCUUCUGUCAGCGGUGUCGCUUCCAAGACCAGUACCUCCUCUGCUGCUACGGCCACGAGCUCCGACAGUGCCACUGAGGACUCUACUGACGACGUUGAUGAUGAAGACGAAGAUAACGACGAAGGUGAGGAUGAGGAUGAUGACGACGAGGAAGACGCAGAAGAUGCAGAGAAUGCAGAGGACGAAGCAGAUGACAAAGAGGAUGACAAAGAGGAUGAUGAGGAAACCACCGAUGUCAAGCCCCAGCACCGUUACGGCCACGGUCACCACAAGCUCCGCGCCAGAGCAACCCUCUCAGUCUCGCUCAAGAACACUGCCUGCAAUGCCGCCAGUGCUGACAAGUUCUCCACUGUGAUCAAGAACAUGAACCUCGAUGCCUGGGUUGAGUACUGCUAG